CAGAAAGGGAUGGCAAAGAACACAAACAAAAGGAUCAUUCAAAAGCUGAGGCUAUUAGAUCGGGAACAACCAUCAGACCUCUCCAGAGAAAAGCAAGACUGUUUCAUCAAAAUUGUUUCUGUGUAAAACAGAAGUGGAAUACCUGUCAUGUUUUUAGCACUGAGCGUUUUGCUGCUAAUCCCUGCGUCUCUCUCUGCUCCAGCCAGAGAUCGCUGCACCACAGGCAGAAACAAACUACUGCUAAUCAGCUUCGAUGGGUUCAGGUGGGACUACGACCGAGAUGUGGACACCCCAAACCUGGACAAAAUGGCUGAAGAAGGAGUCAAAGCUGCAUAUGUCACUCCACCUUACCUGACCAUCACUAGUCCAACACACUUCACCCUGUUAUCUGGAAGGUACAUUGAAAACCAUGGUGUGAUUCAUAACAAUUGGUUCAACACAACCACACAGGAGAAGAAACAGUACUACAUGACGCAGUUUGUGGAUGACUACUGGGAUAAUGGCAGUCUACCCAUUUGGAUCACAGCUCAAAGACAGGGUCUUAAAACAGGAUCCUUACACUUCCCUGGCACUGCUGCCACAUACCAGAAAGAAAUAGUCCAAGUGAGGGAGGUGGAACCAAGGUUUUAUGACUACACCAAUGAGACAGAAUGGAGAGAGAAAGUGGACAAAGUCAUGAGGGAAUGGUUUAAAGAUCUAGACUUAGACUUUGUCACUUUGUAUUUUGGCGACCCAGAUUCGACCGGGCACAAGUAUGGACCUGAUUCACCUGAGCUACGCGAGGCGGUCAAGAAAGUGGACCGAACUGUGGGCUACAUACGGGAAACUGCUGAGAAACACGGGCUUAGUGACCAUCUGAAUAUUAUCAUCACAGCUGACCAUGGAAUGAGCACCGUGUUCAAAGGAGAGCAAGUAAAAGAGAUAAUACUCACUGACAUCCCAGGAUUCUCCUUGAAAGAUCUAAAAUUCCACAUGGUGGAUUAUGGACCUUCUGGGAUGUUGUUGCCCAAAGAAGGGAUGCUUGAAAAGGUUUAUCAAGCCUUGAAAGGAGGUCAUCCAAACCUUCACGUUUAUAAGAAAGAAGACAUGCCUGCUCGACUGCAUUACGCCAAACAUCCUCGUAUCCUACCCAUCGUUCUCUACGCAGACCCAGGAUAUGUCAUCAAUGGGUUCUACACAUUCCAGACCAAUAACGGGGAACAUGGCUAUGACAAUCAAGUCAUGGACAUGAAGCCUUUCUUCAGGGCAGUGGGACCAGAUUUCCACAGUAACUUGCUGGUUGGACCAUUUGAGACUGUCAACGUUUACCCUCUAAUGUGCCACUUACUGGGUAUAAAACCAGAAAUCAAUGAUGGGUCACUGGAUAACACCCGACACAUGCUGAUAUCCAAUGGAGUGUCAUGUGAUUCCGGAGAUGUUCGUGAGUCAAGUCUUCAGAACGUGUUCACUGGUCUUGCUGCAGUGGCUGGAUUUUUAGUACUUAUGUUUGUCAUUGUUGCAUCCUACAACGGGUAUAAAAGAAGCAAAGCGAAUCAGAGAGCAAAAUACAUAGAAGAUGAGGACCAGAUAAAAGCUGACUCCAAGCAAACAACAUUCUAAGAGCGACAAUCACUUAUUCUUGAAUUGUGUGUUUGUCUUUCAAUAUUACAGUGAGGUCCAAAAGUCUGAGACUUCUUUUUAUUUAAGUAUGGAAGUAAGGUUUUAGAAUUUUGUGAAAUUUUUAAAUAAUGUAGAAAAAUAAAGAAAAAAAAAAUAUUUAAGAAUUCAUGUCAAAGGCUGCUUGAGUGCAGGUGUCAUUAAAAGAAAAUUGGAACAUACUAUGAUAUUCAGAAAUUCAUGUACAUUUUUCAAUUAACCCUUCAUUCAUAUUGUUAUGAUAUAAUUUGUAAUUAAAAAAUGUUGUAUUC